GUUUGGAGAGAGAAAAGCUACCAGAGAUGUGGAGACAGCAGGUCAAACAGCGACUGGAUGCAGCAGAGGAGCAGAGACACGAAAUACUGGAUGCUGCUUUCAGCCCCGAAGAUCGGCUGCAGUCAUUAGAGUUGCCUGCAGAUGUUCAACAGACGCUGCUGAUUAAAGAGGAGGCUUCUGAAGAAUCGGGUGUUGGUGUGGACCAGCAAGACCCAGUGUCUCUUGAUAUAAAGGAUGAACAGGAGGAACUUUGGAUCAGUCUGGAUGGAGAGCAGCUCAAUUUGAAGAAGGAGUGUGAUACCAACAGGUGUCCAUUGACUGCUGUUACUGUGAAGAGUGAAGAGGAUGAAGAUAAACCUCCGUUCUCACAGCAUCAUCAUGACCCAACAGAAAUGAGAGAUCUUCCAACCUACAUCUCAGCUAACCAGGUGAAAGCAGAUCUAAAUUCUCAAGGAGAUGUAUCCAACUCUUCAGAGACUGAAGUCAGUGAGGAGACCGAGGAUGAAGAUGUUAACUGUCCUGACUCUAGAUCUGAAACUGAAGACAGCGAGGAUGACUGGAAGGAGAGCAGGACUCAAGAAUCGGUUGGAAACCCUGUCGACAAGCAUUUGAGCUGCUCUGAAUGUGGUCAGCAGUUUAUGAAGAAGUGCUCUCUUCACAGUCACAUAAAAUGUGACUCUAGAAUAAGGGCUUCUAGCUUUUUAAUUGUUAAGAAAUGCUUUGGAGAGAAGAACAGUCUAGAAUCGCUGAGGAAGGUCCAGAACAGUUUGAAAUUCCUCAAAGGAGACAAACCAUUUGGCUGUGAUGUUUGUGGACAAAGGCUGAUAUCGAAGUCAAAUUUAAACAAGCACAUGAAAAUCCACACAGGAGAUAGACCAUUUGGUUGCGAUGGUUGUGGACAAAGAUUUGGCGAUAAAUCAACUUUGAAUGACCACAUGAGGAUCCACACAGGAGACAAACCAUUUGGUUGUGAUGUUUGUGGACAAACAUUUAGAUUUAGGUCCAAUUUAAACAGACACAUGAGAGUCCACACAAACAGUGACAUAAAAAUCCACCCAGAUAGCAAAUCAUUUUGUUGUGAUUAUUGUGGCCAAAUAUUUAGCCAUAAGUCAACAUUAAACAGCCACAUGAAAAUUCACACAGGAGAAAAACCCUACCUGUGUGACAUUUGUGGGAAAAGAUUUAUCCAAAAGACAGCAUUAAACAGUCAUAUGAGAUUCCAUUCAGGAGACAAACCGUUUAGUUGUGAUGUUUGUGGGAAGAGAUUCAGUGAUAGGUCAACUUUAAACAAGCACACGAGAGUCCACACUGGAGACAAACCAUAUGGCUGUGAUGUUUGCGGAAGAAAAUUUAAGGAUAAAUCACAUUUAAACAAACACAUGAGGAUCCAUACGGGACACAAACCGUUCAGAUGUGAUGUUUGUGGACAAAAAUUUGGCCAAAAGGCUAAUUUAAACAAACACAUGUUAAUCCACACAGGUGACAAACCAUUUAUAAGUGAGAACAGAACUUGUGUGUGUAAUGUUUGUGGACGAAAAUUUAGUUUUCAGUCAAAUUUGAGUAGACACACGAAACUCCACACAAUAGAAAAACUGGUAGAUUGUAAUUAUUGUGAGCAAAAGUUUAGCAAGAAGUCAGCCUUGGAUAAACACAUGAUAAUCCACACUGGAGAGAAACCGUUUGGCUGUGAUGUUUGCAGACAAAGAUUUAGCCAAAAAGCUUACCUACACAGACACUUGAAAACCCACACAGCAGACAAGCCUUUUGGUUGUGAUAUUUGUGGACAGAGAUUCAGCCAAAAAGCAUAUUUAAAUAAUCACAUGAAAAUUCACACAUUAGAAAAACCGUUUGGUUGUGAUGUUUGUGGGCAAAGAUUCAGCCAAAAAUCAUAUUUAAACAAUCACCUGAAAAUUCACACUGUAGACAAACCGUUUGGUUGUGAUGUUUGUGGACAAAGGUUUAAACGUAAAGCAAAUUUAAAUAUACAUUUGAGAACCCACACAGGAGAAAAACCAUUUGGAUGCCAUGUUUGCAAACGAAGAUUUAGUGAUAAAUCAAAUUUAAACAGUCACAUGAAAAUCCACACAGACGAAGAAGCCUUGUAGAUGUAAAGAUUAAGACAACGGUUGAAAGACUACAAAAUAGAAGGGUCUAAAGGUAAAAUAAUACAUGUUGAAUAUUGUACAUUUGUUGUUUUUUCUGUAUCAGGUAUGUUCUGCGUUUGCAAGGGAUGACUUUUAUACAGAACAAAUCUUAGUCUGGACUAAGGUUGGGCGAUUGGACAAAUAUAUUGACCAUCAACAAUAGUCCGAGUCCUUCAACGGUUGUUUUGUUUAAGAGCGAUGUUUUGGGAGUUUUUUUUGGCCUACGGGUUAUAGGCAAAACAUAGUCAUAGGCGUAGUCUACUAGACUCGGACGUACACGUGGACUCACAGUUGACAUCUGCUGGACCUUUACGACCUCGUAAGCUGUAUAACACAAACUGCUUGCGGUGAAAAGUCUCCACAUUGAACUGUUUUUUUUUAUGUGACAGACCGCUCCAAGCAGCCGAUCGCGAAUACGCGAGUGAUAGCGUAGCAUACUCAUGGUGUUUGAGGCCUUUGCUGGCACUAUACGUCUGCACAAGCGGUACGCCACUUUAGUUACAUCCUGUGGUUUUAAAUCUUUCAUCCGGUUUAAAGACGAAGUUAUCUUAAAUACAUGACUUGGUAUUUUUUUGAUCAGGUUGAAAUCUUUCAUUUGGUGAUUAGUGGAUUUUUGCUGCAUGAAGCGCUGGGGCUACUUUUUAUAUUUGUACCUGGAGUAGGAGAGUUACUCUGACUGCUCCUGGUAGGAAGGUAAAGGCUCCCACAUAGUCGGGCGUAUUUGACUUCAGACGUCCGGGCGAUUCACAGUAGACGCACAGUACGCCUGACUGUUGGAGCGGAGCCAUAAGUGCUUCAUUCCUCACUAAAUUGGGUGGGUUUAAAAAACUACCGGUCCUUCUCAAAAUAUUAGCAUAUUGUGAUAAAGUUCAUUAUUUUCCAUAAUGUCAUGAUGAAAAUUUAACA